AUGCCAUACUCCGCCACACCAGCCAGUGACCGCCUGAUAUCCGCCGUUUCCUUCACUCUCCCCUUCUUCAACUCUCUCCAGGUUAGGAACCCUAUAUUCAGUCAGCACCGUGAGGUUCAACGCGAUGCAGGUGUUGUCCUCCUGGUGGUGCCGUUGAUGGUGAUCAGGAUUCUAAAUCCUGGUCGGACCGGGUUGGUGCUCAAGGCCAUGGUUUGGGGAUUUAACGUGGCGUUUGUGUUCACCGUUCAAUAUGAUGUGCUUUGUUUAUGGGCUGGUUUGUACUAUUUUGGGCCGGGUCCGUCUUUGCCGUUUGUUUCUACUUUCUAG